AUGGCCGAAGGAUUCAACGGACAAGUGCUUAUGGACCAGCCCGCCGGCACUGGCAAUCGCCCUUACGCCGCCGAGUCCUGGCUUGAGCCCUGGCUCAUCAAGCAUUCGGAAUUUUAUCGCAAGCACUUUACUCGUGAUGGACGUCGGGAGAGCAAGUCCACCAGACGCCACAGCGUUGUCACCGAAGGACUCGAGUCCAGGAAGAACUCCGUUGCUGCUCCUGAAGUCGAGGCUGCUGCUGCUACCACCACUCCUGAGACCGAGGGCACGUCCACCACCCCCGCUCCCGUUGAACAGCCAAGAGAAAGCGUCGAGGCCGAGAAUGCUGCCGAAGCUGUCGCCAAGAAGGACAGAAUUGGCUCCUUGCGCCGGAGCAUUGGCUGGAUCCCACACCCAUGA